AUGCCCAUGUUCGCCCUCCCCGGUAUCCUCGGCGGCCUCGGCCUCGCCAUCAGGAUCACGGGCGAGCUGUACGAGUGCUUCGUCGUCAACGGCAGCUGCCGGAUGGCCGACCUUCCCACGGACAACAGCUACAAGGUCGAGGACCUGGCGGCGUCCGUGAUCCCGGCGCUCAACGAGACGGUCAUGAUGCGGGCCGAGAGCGAGGGCCUGCUCGCGGCGGCCGCCAACACGGGGCCCUGCGGCGUCCCGCAGUACAACUUUGACAUGUGCAGCGCCGACGUGCGCCGCGUCACGGUCCGCACUUCGCUGCCGGCUGCUGGUGUCGCCCGCUUCGACAACGUCCCGGCCACCUGCAUGGUCCUCUCGACCGUCCUCGGUGGCGGAUGCGGCGUUGCGCCCCCCUACCCGCUCGUCUGCGGCUCGGCCUGCCUGCAGUACACUGGUCUCAGCCGCGGCCAGCUGACCCAGCUGGGCAACUCUCUCAGGGGGAGGGUCGUGAAGGGUUGA